AUGGGGGGGGCUUGUGGUGGUGACUUGAGGGGCGCUUUUGUGGUCUCCGCUUUAGUGGUGGUGGUAGAGGUGGCCUCAGCAGAGGGGAUGGGGGUGGGGGACGCGUGUGGUGGGGGGGUGGAGGACGUGUGUGGUGGGGGGGUGGAGGACGUGUGUGGUGGGGGGGUGGAGGACGUGUGUGGUGGGGGGGUGGAGGACGUGUGUGGUGGGGGGGUGGAGGACGUGUGUGGUGGGGGGGUGGAGGACGUGUGUGGUGGGGGGGUGGAGGACGUGUGUGGUGGGGGGGUGGAGGACGUGUGUGGUGGGGGGGUGGAGGACGUGUGUGGUGGGGGGGUGGAGGACGUGUGUGGUGGGGGGGUGGAGGACGUGUGUGGUGGGGGGGUGGAGGACGUGUGUGGUGGGGGGUUGGAGGACGUGUGUGGUGGGGGGGUGGAGGACGCGUGUGGUGGGGGGGUGGAGGGCGACGAGGUCUUUAUAGAGGGAUCACGCAGGGAUGCAGGUGCUUGGGUUGGUGGGAUGGAGAGAAACGAGGCGAGAGAAGCGGCAGUGGCGGGUGAGGCGGCUGCUCCCGGUGGGAUGGUGAGUUGUAAGGAAACAGCUGCUCUCGCUCCUGCAGCAGCGACUGCCAUUGCUAAACCAGACAGUAAGGAAAGAGCUGCUCCCUCUGCUGCAGCACAGCACAGAGAUGGUAAGGAAAGAGCUGCUCCCUCUGCUGCAGCACAGCACAGAGAUGCUGUAUGGAGAGAGCUGCUCCCACUGCUGCAGCAGCGACUGCCAUUGCCAGACCUAAUACCACUCACCAUGCCUCUCUGCCACUCCUUGCAUCUGCUCGCACAGGUAAGGGAAGAGUUGCUCUCGCUCCUGCAGCAGCACCAUCCCCUCUCAGGCGAAAAGCCACUCCCAUCCAGGCAGUGCCGUCAACUGUGUGGUUUCCACCUAUGCCCAAUUACCAUGCCUCUCUGCCACCCCUCGCAUCUUGUCCCUCGGGUAAGGAAAGAGCUGCUCUCGCUCCUGCAGCAGCGCCUGCCAGCCGCUCGCCCCCAGGGAGAGAAGGGUUAUGAGGACGUCUAG